GGAUCUCCUGACGGCCAGCUCGCCCCGGCGGAGGGAGGGAGGGAGAUGCAGCGCGAGGGGAGCGCCCAGACCGCCACUUCUGCCUGAGGAAGCGCUAAGGCAUCAUGGUGAGUAAGGAGCCCAGCAAAUGCUUACUCACCACCUCGGAAAGCGAAGUUGAGCCGGCGGCUUCACUCGCAUUGGAGAUGAAAUAUGCACUGGAUCCCAACCGGCAGAUUAAGAAACGAAACAAAGCCCUCCAGGUGAGAUUUAAAGAUAUCUGCGAGGCCCAGAACGAGCAGAGGGACAAACAGCUGUCCACCACCCAGGAUCCCGACAAGAGAGAAGCCAAGCCCAUCUCCUACAAAACGGCUUAUCGCAAGUACAUGACAGUGCCUGCCCGGAGGUCGAUACCCAACGUCACCAAGAGCACAGGAGUUCAGACUUCACCCGAUCUUAAAAAGUGUUACCAGACCUUUCCCCUGGACCGGAAAAAAGGGAAUAUUCUAAAAAGCGCCUCGACUGUCGACACCUUUAAGAGCCAAAACAACGGGUUUCUAAUAGACGUUAAAGACAAAGAGGGCAGAAGCUCAGGGGAGGGCGUCCCGUGGAGCAAGAAGGCCGGCAGCCUGCAGACGGCGGAGUUCAUCUCCCACAUCAACGAGCGCACCAACACCGGAUCUCGCGACAACGGGGCCGAGGCCUGGAUAAGCAGCGAUUUGCACAGCUCUCCCAAAGAGCCGCCGCCUCCUCCUCUCCCAAACUCAGCCGACCCCGCUUUGGAGGAGCCCGCCGCUGCCCGGCCGCCCAGCCGAGGGAAACCGGCGGUGGGGCGGCCGGGGAGCGAGGAGGUCACCCAGCCCUUCCACGGGAGGGUCUUCAAGACUGAAGUGGCCACCGUUUAUUUACCGGCGGCUAGCUCAAACGCCUCGCAGCCCGACCUGCCAAACCUCGUGGCUGAGACUGAGUGGUCCCCGUGCCCACCAGCCGAGGAGGACAAAAAGAGGACCGUGCACCUCAACGGGGUUCAGCCCCAGGCGGGAGAUGCUCGAGCCUGCUCGUCGCGGGCGCAGUGUCAAACCACCGAAUGUAACAACGAACAGACCCUUCAGAUAAACGUUUCACCUAUGGAGGAGAACCAGCCUUGCCAGACGGCCGUCGCUGUGAGCGAGGAAUGCCAACAAAUCGUGCCUCACACGGAAGUUGUGGACUUGAAAGCGCAGCUUCAGAUGAUGGAAAAUUUGAUCAGCUCUAGUCAGGAAACCAUAAAAGUGUUGUUGGGUGUUAUACAGGAGCUAGAGAAAGGAGAAGCUCACAGAGAAGGGCUUUCAUAUCGGACUGGUCAAGACACGGCUAAUUGCGACACAUGCAGGAACAGUGCAUGUAUUAUCUAUAGUGUGGAAUUGGAUUUUAAACAGCAAGAAGAUAAACUACAGCCAGUUUUGAGAAAACUUCAUCCUAUUGAGGAAACUCAGGUUGCACCUUUGCCUUAUUCUCAGGAGAGCUACUCCUCCACUCCCAAGCAAAAAUCCAAAACUGAAUCAAAAAAGCAUGGAAGAUGGAAACUCUGGUUCCUUUAACCCAAGUCCUUUACAUGUGGAGUUCAAGGCCUUCUUUGAAAAAAAAUAUCUGGAGUUCUAUCAAUCAUCUAUGAUGGAUUCUUGGUAGACUGAUCAGUGUUACUGGCCAGCGUAGUUCUUGACCGUUCUGGCAGCAUUUCCGUUCUCACCGUAUGUACCAAAAAGGCCUUUGUACCUAUAAACUCGUGUCCAGAAGCAAGGCGUUAGGUAAUACCUUGCCAACUUCUAUUUGCAGUUCACCAAUGUGGGAUGUAAAACCUGAAUUGAAAUUUGUACAAAGAUGGAAAGUAAAACUAUUUCCCUCCCCCCUUAGAUCUGAAAGCAUCACAUUCUAACCUGUUAAAUUGUAGGCUGUCAUCCUGUACACAGCUAAAUAUCACUAUUGUUUUAAAGCUUUUGGGGGGUUUGGUUUAUUGUCUUUAAAUAACAACAAGGGGAGAAAAAAACAACAAAAAACAAAAAGCAAGCCUUACGUUUGCAACGGUCUUCAGUUUUACAAAUCCAUGUUGAUCGGGGAGUGCAGUUUUCAGCACAUAUAUCCUGGACAAAGCACAAUUUUUUCAUGUGGUCCAAGACCAUGAAUAAUCUCCAAGAUGUGACUCUCUGUAUAUCUGCCUUCAUGCGACGUAGACUUCAACCGAGCGACCCCAUUUCGCCAACGCACCGUCACGUCUGACCCAGCCGGGUCCUCCUCACCAGACCAACAAGGCUGCCGCUCGCCCACACGGGUCCCCGGGACAGGGGAAGCCUUUCACCACAGCAAGCUGACAGGGUCAAGGCUACGGGACAAUCAUCUGUCCUAGAUCUCACUUCUAGUCUUUUGGUACCCAAAAGGUCUAAACAACACAUUCUGGCAGAGAAAUUAAAAAAAAAAAAAAAAAAACAAACAACCAAACACAAAACACCCCACAAACAGAAUAAUCAGAAGCUCUACAGAUUGUUGGCAUUUGCCAUGAUUUAGUAUCUUUUUGUAACACAGUCUUUGAAAAACCUCUACACUGCUGCAGAAGGCACCAGAAAAUUUAUAGAAUGUAUCAGGCUUUGAAACCUGUUUGGAAGGAGCAGUAAUUUUAAAUGCUGUUUAUUUACUAAGCUUCUCCGAUGGGUUUCCCAACAUACUAUCACUUUUAUCUCAAGCAAUUCAUUGUGCUUCUAACCAACUCACUUAGGGAAGAGAUGCAAACCAAUUCGUUCCUAGUUUUUUGGUGUGGGCUUGGGUUUGUUGUUUUUUUUAAAUGACAUUUAAAAUUUUUCUCUGAAUUAUAAACUGCAACUUUUUCCUUUAAGUAUUUGCUUCUGUCAUUAGACUUGCAUCUAGAAUGACCAUCUGUGGAAAAAUUUCUCACACUAGAAGUGGCCAGGGAGUGGGAUUUUUUUUUUUUUUAAGAUAAUUUGAGUCAUACAAUGUCAUAUGACAAAAUGCUUUUCUAAGAAUUGGUUUUGAAAUUGCAGACCCUGCAGCAUCAGUACGAUACAAAUAACUGUCUUUAGGUGGCAGAAAUAUAAUCAUUGGCAGAAGUGUUUACACAUACUGAAAACAUUUAAGUGUUUUCAUGUACACCAUUUUUCCUCUUAGCUCAGCAUCAAAUUCAUUACUACAAGAAAACUUGAGGAAAAUAAUUUCCCCCCCCCUCAAAACACAA